AUGAAAGAUGCAUCCAAUGAGAGGAAAAGGCAGCAAAAACGGACGGACUCAAAUAGGGCCUUGUAUGAUUAAAAUGGUCAAAACUGGAAGCAUUCGCUUGCGUUGGGCUUUUCCAUUUCGAAACUUGUUCACUCGCCAAGCUUUCAUCUCAAUGGCCGCGCAUUCAUGGCGACUGGAAUAGCUUCAAUACUCACUAGGGCGUAACUGUGGUGAGUGUUCAGAAUCAACAUCAAGAAAACAUGAGUGAUGCUGCUCUUGGAGGUUUCGACGAGGUCGAUGACAUCAUCGGCGCUGCCGUCGGACGUGGGUCUGCUUUCACGUCAGAGGAAAUAGACAAAAUGAGUAGCCGGCAUCAGGCGAGUCUACAAGGCCCGCAAGGAGGGCCUGUCGCAAAGGCGAUGCACCAGCUCAAGGACAGCGUCACGCAGAAGUCCUUCGAAGUCGCGAUGGACAAAGUUCGCCCGGUAUAUGUUUCAACUUGUGUCGUAACUUCGAGCUUUCUUGUGGAAUCUUCAGUGAUUUUCUACCGAAGCAAGCGUAGGCUUCUUUGAGUAUUAUUCUUCAUGCAAUUCCCUCUGCACGACUAUGAGCCACAUUGCAAAAAGAUCGCUGUUAAGCGGGUUCUUCUCUCUUCUUCAUUCUUGCGCAUAGUAGCAAAAGUUCUUCGCGCUUUACUGUAUCGAAUCCCUCAACCUCAGCCGCCGGCGCUCAACUUACUGGCUACUUCAAACGGGUGAAAAGCGAUUUGCGUGAAGGUCGCGACAGGUUUUCCGAAGACGGCCCAUUUAGGUCAGUUCCCCAAGUGCACUUACGAUCUGCUCACUUUGAUCCAGAUGCUGGGAUCAUUACAGAAGAACACGAAAGAGCAGACCCUGCUGAAGGUACUAGCGGGCUUAUCUUCAAAGAAAUGAGACGAAGAAGUGGAUGGUAGUAGAGACAUUGAGGCCACCUUGUUUGUAAGAAACAGCUCCAGAAGCAACACGAAUCAUCAUCGCCUUUCUCUUUUGAAUAAUACUCCCAAUGCCCACACCUCAGUGCAAAAAAGUCCUGGAAGACCUGGAGAACGCAAGCGAGUACUCUUGUUGCCGAUAUUUGAUGGGCAUGGUUUACCUCGAGGACGAUCCAGGACUGAGUGCGAAGGAUAUGGAUCGCAUGUGGAGCAACUUCUUGUUGCAGUUUCCAUUUCCUGCUCAUUUCCAAGCGAUGAAUAAUUUCCAGAAUGUGUCGCCAGGAGAUCACCGCGGUUGCGAUGUUGAAGCCAGGCUUGAGGCACUUAUUGAUGGCGGAGAAGAGAUUCCAAAAAAUCUAAAGAAAUGGGAACAGAAGCGACGUGGCUCGGCAGAACCACCGGCGACGGGGUCAGCAGCGUCACUGUUGCAGCUGCGUGGUAAUUUAUCUUUCAAAGAACUUGCUGAAGGACUUUCUUCUUUCAAACGAUGUUCCUUCUCAUCAGAUAUAAACCCUCUAACAGAUGGAUCAGUUCACAGCGGAAGCUCUAGCAGCGUGGCGGGGACGCCAGCGCACGGCGCUGGUUCCAGAGGAGAUGCACGCGCAGCAGCGCGUGCCCCAGCUAAUAACGUUGGGGCAUCUCGUGUGCGGUCUUAUCUCCGCUCGGCUGCGCCAGUUCGUGCUGCUCCAGCGUCGUCGCAUUUUCACCAGGAGCUUGACAUGUAUGAAGAUGCAGCUCCACGCCACGCUGGCCGAGCUAUAUCAACGAGCUCUUCGUCUGUAUCAGCGAGCUCUUCGUCUCGCAUUGCGCCGCAACUGAAUGACAACGCUAAGGACUUGCAAACUCAAGAGCUUCAGAAACAGCUGAAGGAGCUGCGGAGCGCUGUUUUUGAGUCUAGACCUUCCCAUCCAGGUCGACGUGAUCCGCACUGCGCGAGUACAACUGGCAUGGCCAUCAGAAGUAUACUUUCUCUGAUUCAUCUACGUUUCUUAUAAGCUUGCUUCACUUCUUGAAACAUCUCAUCUUGAUGCCCUUUGAUCAUCAUCCUAGCCACAUUCUAGGUCUUCCGCAGCAGUCUCUCGCGCCUCAAAAACGUUCCCGCACUUUCACCACGAGCAUCGGAGAUCUGAACUCGGACUCAGAGCACUUGACUCCGUCGUCGCAGUUGAAGAGGCCACGGAGGGCCCAUUCCCAACGCGGACCGGCUGCGCGUGGUCUUGAUGAACUACAUGCUCACGCGUCAGUGCCGGCGGAUCACGUGGGUACUUCUCGUUUUAGACAAGUUCUUACUUUUUGCGUUUUUGAUGAACAUCUCGUACAGUUCGUCGUAGUUUUAGAAUCUUUAGAUUUUUAUGAUUCUCCAUCUGCACACAGGAGCAUCCGGCUACAGAGUGAAUAUGGGCAAUGCGCAGUCGAACAUGCGUGACGUGAUGCAGCAAGCAUAUGAUCGCGCUCGUCGUGAAAUUCCCGAUUACGAUGCGGUCAUGGCCAACAUCGGAGGCUCUGGGCGAGAGCGUCUACCGCCACGCGAGAUAGAUCCACGCGUUCUAUCUUACAGCAAGGGUGCGCUCCUUAGUAGCGGACACGGAGACUCGCAAGAUCGUGAAGGCCGCGGUCCUCCUCCUCCGUCUGCUGCACGAUCAUCAGCGCGUCCAUCUCGACCGAGUGGCAACAUUUUUACCCCUGGAACUCUGAUGUGUAAAGCGGCUUCGCAGCUCAGCGGCGACAGUCUCUCUCCUCCGGAACAGCCUGUUUUCGGACAUGCGCAUGCUCCUGAGCGCUCUGAGGCGUCGCAGAUGCAGACGAGUGUGCAGAAACACGCCGAAGUGUCUUCAUCCUCUAGCUCAUCUUCGUUCAACCUUGUGCCCCACGUGGGAUCUCAAGGCGGCGCUGUGACUUCCGAUCGACGUUGGAAUCGUUUUGGUUACGCAGCCCAGGAGGUGACGCGCCUAUUGGACCAGAAGGGUUUGAACUCGCAGUCGUCGUCGCCACGUGAGGACGCAGUGGGGAAGAACAACACCGUGGACGACCUUGCCGCGCACUACCAUCGAGACGAGGAGCUGCGUACUCCUGUGGGGGAGUAUCAGGACGGCGGCUUUGUGGAUUUCAACGUCGCGAACGAGUUUGCUCCGAACGACGCUGCGGGAGAAGCUCUAGGUGUCCAUGGUCAUGGUGGUGCCAGUGGCGGAGAGAUGAUGCCGGAUUCGCAGCAACAGGAGCAGGAUCAGGACAAUCCGUUCUUCGCGGACUGA